CAUAUUUUUCUUUUAUUCGUGCAGUAGGUAAAAAUUUCCUUGUACAAGUGUUCAGUAUUAAUAUACUUAUUAUUAUUAGUUAAUUUAAAAAUAAUUGUUUACUUGUUGUCAUACUUGAGUUACGUAUUUUGUUUGACUUAAAUUUGUAUUACUUAUAAUUUUAUACUGAUUUGAAAUAUAGUUUACAUUUACAAUAAUUUUUUCCUGCUAAACUAUCAAAUGAUACUUUAAUGACAUGACUAACAAUAAUUGGACUCACGUUGGUGACAAAAAAAGAUAUGGAAUCGCCAUUCACAAUUAUUUACAAAACGGCCCCCAUCGAAUCAAGUUAUUGGUUGGCGAUUGUGUACACGUACUGGAAGAAUGUGCUGAUUGGUAUUACGGAUUUACAUUCAAAAAUAAAUCCACUCACGGAAUAUUUCCUAAGAAAUUUGUUUUCAUCAUGGAUAAUGUUGUUGAAAAAUUUGGACCAGCUGAGCUGACAGUCCUACAACAACCACAAAUAGUGCAUGAACUAACCAGUGUUGUUAGAGAAUGGGCUAUUAUUUGGAAACAACUGUACAUUUUAAAUAACUUAAAUUUUAAAAAUGUGGAAAACAAAAUUUAUGAGUUAGUUCAAUUUAGAAGUAAAAUAUUAUCAGGCACACUACCCGUCGAUGAGUUAAAAGAAGUGCAAAGACUAGCCACGUCGACCAUAGAUGUUGGAAAUAAAUUAUUGGGAUUGGACAUGGUCGUUAGAGAUGAGCAGGGUAAUAUAUUGAAUCCACUACACACACCAACUAUACAAUUAUAUAAACAUCACGAAACGGCUACAAAUCGAAUACAAAAUGCUUCUACUGCUGGGAUUUAUAAAAAGUUGAUUGAUCCAAUCAAUUAUAUGUACAAUUACACUGUGUAUUUUUCUUUACAUAAUUUUAUGUGUAAAAUUACUGAUGAUGCUGAAUUGCUGUUGACUUUGUAUGAUGCUAAAAUCGGAAAAGCAAUAACUGAAAAUUUUGUCGUAAGAUGGAAAUCCAACCAAAUGGAACAAGGAUGGUCAAAUGAUAUUUUCCAUAAUUUUAGGGCUCUGUUUACAGACUUGGGAACUCGAGAUCUAGCCAGAGAAAAAGUCUAUUUAGUAUGUUAUAUAAUACGAAUCGGUGGUAUGGAAAAUGAUAACACCAGUAAGAAAAGUUUGAUGACAACACAAAUACGACGACCGUGGGGUGUCGCAGCUAUGGAUUUAACAUUAUAUUUUACUCAAAAACUAGAAAGCGACGAAGACAAACACCAUUUUAUGCCUUUUUUGCCGUGUGAAAAAGACAAUUUGGAAAAUACACUAAAGAGAUUUAUGAAUUUGAAAGACUAUUCUCACAAAGAUCAUAAGGGCCAAGGAUUGCAUGUAAGCUUUAAGCUGCUUCAUGGUGAUUUCAAACAGGUACGAGAAGAAUAUCCGCAUUUAGUUUUAGGAAAUGUUUCAUUGGUUAGAAAAAUGGGAUUUCCUGAAGUCAUAUUACCUGGCGAUGUAAGAAAUGAUCUCUAUCUUAUGCUAGUGUCCGGAGAGUUCUCAAAAGGCAGUAUGUCUUCUGAUAAAAAUAUUCAGGUUACAGUGACUGCAUGUAAUGAAAAGGGAGUUAAAUUAUUAGGAGUCAUAAUGCUGGGCGGCGACUCAGAACCCCUUUCAGAUUUUAAUUCGGUAGUCUACUACCAUGAAGAUAAACCAAGAUGGUGUGAAAUCGUCAAAUUGGCUAUUCCUAUAGAGGAUUUCAAAGGUAGUCAUUUGAAGUUUACAUUCAAACAUCGAUCGUCAAAUGAGACUAAAGAUAAAAACGAAAAACCAUUUGCACUAUCAUUUGUUAAACUAAUGCAAGAUAAUGGUACUACAUUACGAGAUACAUCACAUGAACUUCUCGUGUACAAGAUUGACCAUAAAAAAUUUGAUCCUAUGGAUAUAGCAUAUCUCACACUUGCUUCUAGAAAAAACGAACUAAUCGACACUAAUAAUCGCAUAUCUGUACCUGGUUUAUCCUUAGCUAAUAAAGAUGGUUUUACAAUAAUCACAAAUAUUUGUUCGACUAAACUUACACAGAAUGUGGAUCUUUUGGGUUUAUUAAAUUGGACAAGUCAUCCCGAUAAGCUUCAAGAAAGCUUAAGUGCUCUCAUGAAAGUAGACGGAGAAGAAGUAGUUAAAUUCUUACAAGACGUGUUGGAUGCACUUUUUAAUAUUCUGAUGCACAAUUCCGAUUCGGAUCUUUUUGAUAACAUGGUGUUUGAUUGUCUGCUUUAUAUUAUCGGACUAGUGUCUGAUAGAAAAUAUGAACACUUCCAACCGGUUCUAGAUUUGUAUAUUAAGGAGAGUUUUUGUGCUACACUCGCUUACAAUAAGUUAAUAGUAGUUUUGAAGUGCUAUUUAUCCAAUUCGGAACAUACAGACAAUUACCAUCUUUUGAAUAUAAUAAAGUCGUUUAAAUACAUUAUGAAAUUCAUUGCAAGAUCACGGUUUUUAUUUGCUCAAUUGUAUGAAGGCAAAGGACAGCAAACAUUUGAAGCAUCAAUGUAUGAAAUGUUGAAAGUUAUAUCAAAAUUAAUGUGCAGUAAUUCAGAUUCAACACUCUUAAUUCAAGGGGCUUGCCUAAAAUAUUUACCUCAUUCUAUCCCUGAUAUUAUAACAGUCUUUAGUGGAACACAAUUAAGUUCAUUGCUAGUAGAGCUCAUCGGAAAUGUACCUCCAUCGAGGCUAGUCAAACAAAAACUGAUGACUAUGAGCGAUAUCGUUCACAGUCAACUUUUUUUAAAUGCAGAUUGUCGAGCUAUUUUAUUACCGUCCAUUUUAGCUCGAAUUAAAGAAUUAUUGGAAUCUAAAGAUGAGGCGAAAACUAGCAUCGAGUAUCGCAACAAAACCAAAUCUGUAGCAAAAAUUGCCAAAGUGCUGGGAGCCAACGGCCGCAAUCUACUCGACUCUCCUGACAUAAGUGAUCAAGUUGAAAUGUGCGUAAAAUUACUAGGCGACAUCAUGGAUCUUUUAUACGCAGCUGAUACAGGAUCAACAUUUCGCGAUAUCACUGAAAUUAUGCUUACUGUAAUGCGCACAGUCAUUCAAACUACAAUAGCGAUGGACCGAGAAGGAUCACUUCAAGGCUACCUAGUCUCAAUAAUGAUAGCGAUAUUACGGCAAAUGACUGCUGAUCAUUUUGAUAUCUACAUUAAACACUUUCCUACUAAAAUAGAUCUGUUAGAUUUCCUUAUGGAAAUAUUGUUAGUUUUUAAAGAUCUUGUAUCUCGACCUGUGUUCCCUAAGGAUUGGUGCGAAAUGAUUAUGCUUCAAAAUAGUGUGAUAUUGAAAUCAUUGAGAUAUUUUUCUCAUACAAUCAGAGAUUACUUUUUAAAAGAUUUUGAACAUCAAGCUUGGAAUAACUUUUUUCAUUGUGCCGUCACAUUCUUAACGCAACCUUCUCUUCAAUUGGAACAAUUUUCAUCCAACAAACGCUGGAGAAUCAUCAGUCGGUAUAAAGACAUGCGUAGAGAAACCGGAUUUGAAAUCAGAAGCAUGUGGUUUAACCUAGGCCAAUAUAAAGUACAUUUUGUGCCCAGUUUGGUCAGAUCGUUCUUAGAAAUGACAUUGACACCAGAAAUUGAAUUGCGUAAAGCCACCAUACCGAUUUUCUUUGACAUGAUGCAAUGUGAGUUUUAUUCUUGUAGUGACAGACACACAAAUAAAAGGGACUCCAGUAAUAUCAAAGCUAAAUUCAACGAAUUCGAAAAUGAAAUGAUCGCUAAGCUAGAUUACUUGGUGGAAGGAGGAAAAGGUGAUGAACAGUUUAAAGAACUUUUUAAAGCUAUAAUGCUAAUGCAAUGUGAAAACCAUUCCACUAUGAAAGAACAGGGUGUACGAUUUGUUAAAAUCGUCACUUGUUUGUUGGAGUGUUUACUCGAGUAUCGAGCAGUUGUCAACGAUGAAAAUAAGGAAAAUCGAAUGAACUGUACUGUUAAUUUAUUAAAUUUUUAUAUGGACAUAAAACGGCAGGAAAUGUACAUCAGAUAUGUGAACAAACUUUGUGCACUUCAUUUGGAUUGCGAUGACUUUGCAGAAGCAGCGUAUACGCUAAAACUUCACAGUGAGUUGCUAUCGUGGUCGAACGAUCCAUUACCACCUUUGCUCCGAUCACCCUUGCGUUACCCAACGUGCGAUACACACAGACAACUGAAGGAAGCUCUCUAUCAUGACAUUAUAGAUUAUUUUGACAAAGGAAAAAUGUGGGAAUGUGCUGUAAGCAUGUGCAAGGAACUGGUAAGGCAGUGUGAAGGUGAAACAUUCGAUUACAUUCAGCUAAGUUCUUUGUUGCGUCGCAUGUCCAAUUUCUACGAUAACAUUAUCAAACAGCUCAGGCCAGAGCCCGAAUAUUUCAGAGUAGCGUAUUACGGCAAAGGGUUUCCUAAAUUUUUACAAAACAAAGUAUACGUGUAUAGAGGUAAAGAAUACGAGUUUUUGAGUGAUUUUUCAACUAGAAUUUGUCAUUUGUUUCCCGAGGCCACUUUAAUGCAAACACUUUCAAAACCCGAACUAGAAAUCACUGAAUCUUCCAAGCAAUAUUUACAAAUAAAUAGUAUAGAACCUGUAAUGGAUGAUCAAAAAGAACAUCUAUUAAAAAAACCCAUAAAUGAACAAAUCCUCAGACAUUACAGAGUUAACGAUGUGAAGAGAUUCAAAUUUUCAAGACCUUUUUACCGAACAGAUCCAAAACUAGAGUCUAAUACCGAUAAUGAAUUUGCAAAUCUUUGGAUUGAGCGUACAGUAAUGGACACUACUUACUCUUUACCGGGUAUCUUACGGUGGUUCCCAGUAAAACAUUCCAAAACCUACGAAAUAAGUCCACUGGAGAAUGCUAUUGAAACAAUGCAGGAGGCUAACAGAGAACUUAGAGAAUUGAUCAUAGCACAUCGUAAUGAUUCUUCAUUGCCUGUACAUCCACUUAGUAUGAAAUUGACGGGCAUGUUGGAUGCUGCUGUAAUGGGUGGAGUAACCAAGUAUGAAAAAGCGUUUUUCACACCGGAAUAUUUUGCGAGUCAUGAAGAAGAUGAACCGUUAAUUCAACAGUUGAAAGAUUUAGUCGCUUUACAAAUACCUCUAUUAGAUAUUGGCGUGAGGGUUCAUUGCGCUCGGGCAGAUCCCAAUUUGACUCCCUUGCAACUACGACUCGAAGACUGUUUCGAAAAAAUGAAAGCACACAUCGAAGACAAAUACGGCAAAAGGACUUGUGAUAUCAAAUUUGAUAAUGUUAAAUUGAGGCGACAUACGACAGCUGGAAAUCAUCUCACUGAAAAAAGAUAUUCUGGUUCCAGUAUAGGAUCAACUGAUGGACUAAAUGGAGUAAUCAACUCAAAAUCACCAUUAAUGACUACUACGUCAUUAUCUUCAAGUCUGGCUAUUUUUGCGGGGCCCGUGCUUGUGUCAGGAUCAAAUAAAUUUGGGACAAUUGGUGCACUUACAAGGAAGGACAAAAAGGAAAAAAAAAAACGCAAUAAAACAGUAUCAAAGAUGACAACGUCAUCAAAUGAUAGAAUUUCCAGUAUUUCGAAUACUUCCACCAGCAAUAGUCAUUGGUAUACGUCAGAUAAUGACAGCAUGUCCAUGUGUUCAGUAAACAGUAGCUUAAGCGUAUUUACACAUACGCCUGUUAUUGAGUUGCGACAAGAGUUGACGCCAAAACGACCGUUGCGCUCGGAAGUAGAAAAAGAGAGGCGGCUGAGUCGCCCUAACAGUGGACAGUUCCAGUUUUCUAAGUUACCGUCGAUGAACAGUCUUAAUAGAGAUUCAUUAGUAACGACAGACUCAACAGCAAGCGAUGACGACACCCCACCGCCGUUACCAGCAAAAGCCCGAGAAUCUGAUUAUAGCAAUCUCUCGGACAAAGACAAUUUGGCCAUGUCAGAUUAUUCUAGUCCAAUCAUUAUGAAUAACAUUAUGCCUCUUAUGAAUUCGCAAGAAGACAUCAGGCCACCGACCCCUCCUCCUAAAAAACCACAAUUAAAGUCUCCUAUGUAGAAAUAUAUGUUACAUUUAUUUAUUUGUAUGACCAGUAUUUCUUCUCGGGUUUAAUAUCAAACUCAUAACAUUUUUAAAGUAUUAUUGAAAGUACCUAAUACAUAUUUAUAUUAUAUGUAUAUAUAAUACAUUUAUGUAUACAUAAAUGGUUUAUAAAUGAAUAAAUUAUUUAUGUAGUUCAUUUAUAAAAUGUAUAUUAAUAUAAAUUUUUUUUUCGUAAUUGAAUAAUAGUCUGAACAAAAAUAAAAUUAGUACUUUUUUAUGUAUACUGACAGAAAGCGGUGCAAUAUUUUUCGGUAUUCUCAUGUGUUAUAUUUUUUAUUGUUUAUUAAUGAAUUAUGAAAAAUAAGUGUAUCGUAGUAUUAUAUUAAUUUAUUAUACGUAUAGAAUAGUAUUUUUAUACAAUUGACUUGGUACAUACCAUAGGUUUGUGUACCUACCUCGGUAGACUGCUUCAUUAUAAAUGAGUAGUGUAAUUAUUAAUUGUUAAGUAGUGGAGCACUCGACUCGUUUACAAAAUUUGUAAUCAAAUCAGUUACCAUAUAGAAACUCGAUGGAAAAAUAUGUCAAUUAAUUUAAAUUAUUAAACCUUCCAAUGAUUUUAUACAUUGUUAGUGUAUAACAAUUUAAACUGUACCUACAUAUUAAUAUUCUAUUUUUAUAAUUGGAAAAAGAAAUGAAUAUAUCAAAAUAUGUUUUGUACUUUUUUUUUUAA